AUGGGCAGCUUUGGUGGUCUGAAGCAUGUUCCAUGCCUGACGAAGCCAAAUGAGCUUUACGACAUUGCUAUCAUUGGAGCGCCGUUCGACACAGCGACUUCAUACCGGCCCGGCGCACGGUUUGGGCCUCGAGCAAUCCGUGAGGCCAGCGGCCGCCAGGUCACAGCCCGUUCAUACAAUGUCCGGGCUGGUAUCAACCCUUACCUGGACUGGGCCAAAGUCAUAGACUGCGGAAACAUCCCCAUCACCCAGAUGGACAACAGGAUAGCAGAAAAGCAGAUGUUUGAAGCCUUCCUAGAACUCGGCAUGAGGAAGACUGCCUACCAGCUGCAAAAGAAGGGCGACAAGUCCAAGAGACAAGCGAGGAUAUCAGACGGAAAGCCCAAGCUCGUAACUCUUGGAGGAGACCACAGCAUCAUCCUGCCGGCCCUGCGAGCGCUGAACCAGAUCUAUAAAAAGCCGAUCACCGUCAUCCACUUUGAUGCACACCAAGACACGUGGGAAUCCUCCCGUUACGACGGGUACUGGAAGCCAGACGUUGACGGUCUCAACCACGGAACCUGGCUGUUCCAUGCGGGCCAGGAAGGACUGAUUUCAAACACCACGUCUGCGCACGCGGGGCUGCGAUCCUAUCUCGGCGGAUCUGAUGAUAGAGAUUACCGUACCGGGGUAGAGAAAGGGUUCAUGCGCAUCCACGCGGAUGAUGUGGAUGACAUUGGCACUCAGGGGGUGGUCGAUGCGAUUGUCUCGCGAGUCGGUCUCGACCCGGACCAGCCUGUCUAUAUCAGUUUGGAUAUCGAUGUUCUUGACCCCAGCAUUGCACCUGGAACAGGCACGCCGGAGUCAGGUGGCUGGACGUCCAGGGAGCUUGCUAGGAUUCUCCGUGGGCUGGAGAAGCUGAAUGUGGUUGGAGCCGAUGUGGUGGAGGUCUCGCCCAGCUAUGAUCAUCGUGCGGGAGGGACUGCUCUUGCGGCUGCGCAUGUAGUCAACGAGAUCAUUGCAAGCAUGGUGAAACUCGGAGUUGAAGAUCCAGACACAGUCGGGGGCUGGUUUGGUAGGAAGAGCAACAAGUCCGUCAAGGAGGGUGUGAUGGAGUCAUAUCAAGAGGGUGCAACGGGCUCAGAAGCGGGAAAAGACGAGCUUUGA